CAGGCCAGAGCGGCCGUGAGGCCGCGGGCCGGGAGCCGUCAGUCCGGCUGCCGCGGGGCCCGGCGGGCGCGGCGCUCCCUUCUCGCCGGUGCGGGCAUGGAGGAGGCGGCCUGAGGCCGGAGCCGAGCCGGGCUGGAGCGCGCGGUGAGCGGUCGGCUGGGCAGGCUGGGAAGGGAGGGCACCCGGCCGGGCGCUUUGUUCCGGGGGGGAGGUGUGGCCGCCCCGGGCCCGGCCGCGCUCGCCACAGGCGGACUACGCUCAGGGGCUGGCGGAGAGUGGCCUUUUGCCCCCACGGCAGGCUCCAGCGUGACGGUGUGCGAUCGAGAAUUCGGAGACGAUCGAGACCCCAGUGAGAAGGGCCUGCCCACCGCACAGAAAGCCCCUUUCAUGGUCUGACCUACCAGCAACAUGGCGACCAGUGCCGUCCCCAGCGACAACCUCCCCACGUACAAGCUGGUGGUGGUGGGAGACGGGGGUGUGGGCAAGAGCGCCCUCACCAUCCAGUUUUUCCAGAAGAUCUUUGUGCCUGACUACGACCCCACCAUCGAAGACUCCUACCUGAAGCAUACAGAGAUUGACAACCAGUGGGCCAUCUUGGACGUUCUGGACACAGCCGGACAGGAGGAGUUCAGCGCCAUGCGGGAGCAGUACAUGCGCACGGGGGACGGCUUCCUCAUUGUCUUCUCGGUCACGGACAAGGCCAGCUUCGAGCACGUGGACCGCUUCCACCAGCUCAUCCUGCGCGUCAAGGACAGGGAGUCGUUCCCGAUGAUCCUCGUGGCCAACAAGGUCGAUCUGAUGCAUUUGAGGAAAAUCACCAGGGAGCAAGGAAAAGAAAUGGCCACCAAACAUAAUAUUCCAUACAUAGAAACCAGUGCCAAGGACCCACCUCUGAACGUCGACAGAGCCUUCCAUGACCUGGUUAGAGUAAUUAGGCAACAGAUUCCGGAAAAAAGCCAGAAGAAGAAGAAGAAAACCAAAUGGCGGGGAGACCGGGCCACUGGCACCCACAAACUGCAGUGCGUGAUAUUGUGAUGGCCCGAGGCCCUGGGCACAGUGACCGGGAACUGGCCAGCCCUUGGGACCCCUCCACUGCCUAACCGCACUGAAGACCAUUCUAACCAUGACCCUUGGCCCAAGGACUUGACACAGGAAGGGAGAGAGGGAGGGUGGGCAGGGAGGAGAUAGAGUCUGGCUUUGCUGGAAGGGCACGGGCUGCCCUGUGUCUCAGCAGCAACGAAGAGGCAACAGUGAACAAAGCAGCAUCCAAGUCCCUGUGUUGAUGCAACCCGGUCCCUCCCCGCUCCUGGCGGCUGUGUUGUGUCUUUGAACUACAUAGUGUGGGUGUGAUGUGGAAGUGUUUCUCCACGUACAAAAACAAGCCAUGAUCACGCUUCCCCCACCCCAACCCCGGUCCACAGUGUCUGAGCUUGGGUGUCUUUUGUAGAUUUUUAAAUUAUUUUAGGGAUUGUUAUUUUAUUAAAGGGGUCUGUGCCCACUGCCUGGUGAAGUUUCAAGUCUUCAGCAGACCUCUUCUAUAACAUGUCUGGAAUAUGGUUGUUUUUUAACUGAAAUUUCCCAGCCGUGCCAAAACUCAACUCAACGUGAAAGCAGAGUGACGGAGAGACCAGAAGUUCACGGGGACCGUGGCUGGAGGCCUCGGGAGGAACAGACCCUACUCAUGGCCUCCUGUAAACUGGAGAGAAGAGAGACGUGUGUACCCAGAAGGUUUUACUGUGGUUGAGGAUGCAGAUAGUAGGGAACAAAAUUUUGUUUUGCUGAGGGGAGAGACGGGCACGUCAGUUUUAAAAGGGCUUCUCAUUACCCUGGAAAUAUAUAAAUUUUAAGUAAGUUUAUUGGAGUCGCAAAA